GAGUGUAAGAAGUUAUUAACAGAGCAGAGUCUCACUAACUAACUGCAAGUCUGGUGUGUUCGGUCAGGCUGCCCGAACCCAACAAAAGAAAAACUUGUAACAUCUGACACAAACUCACUUCUAUAUAUAUACACACUUGCACACACUCUCAUUUCCUCAAAACAACCCCAAAACUUGUUUCUCUCAUGGCAUCAUCUCUUCCUCAGUUCUACGCCGAUUUCACAUUUUCCGGCAACACUUCUUCACAGUUUCACGGCUCUUCUUCAUGUCCUGACGUCUCAGCUCUAUCCAAUUACUAUGACGACGGUUACCUCCCCUUCAACGCAUCUUCUAUCCCAGAAUCCACAUUUUAUCCCCAAGUUUUUGGAACUUCUGACGCUCCUAUGCAGGAGUACAACUAUUAUUACCAGAAAAUGGGUGUGAACAAUGCCACACAAUAUUUUCAUGGUGGUGAUCAAGAAUACUACGGCUUUUCACCAGAAAUCAAGCCCUUUGGAGAGCAAUCUUGGGGAUCUAGUGAAGGAGGCAUACAAGCUGAGCAGAACACAAAAGUGGGACGCUAUUCGGUUGAAGAACGUAAAGAGAGAAUCAUGAGGUACUUGAAAAAGAAGAACCAACGCAACUUCAAUAAGACCAUCAAGUAUGUAUGCCGUAAAACCCUAGCUGACCGGCGUGUUCGUGUUCGAGGACGAUUUGCUAGAAACAAUGACACAUGUGAACAACAAUAUCACAUGUCUAAAACUCACAACAACAAUUCUGAAAAAGAAGAAGAUAUAUUUUCUGGAUCCGACGACUAUCUAAUCCAGCAGAUGGAAAACGAUGAUGGAUGGCUUAACGAAGCAAUGUCUAAUCUGAUUUCUUUUCCUUGUGAAUUGGACGCUCCUGGAGAUGAUCAUAAUCCAAGCACAUGGAGCUUCUGAUCCUACUAUCAUUUACCUACUUCCAAAUCAAUAAUUAAUGUCGCUAGUUAUAAAAUUUGAUCGAUUAGUUUAGUUUAAUUAUAAGCAGCUUAGUUAUUUGAUGUAGAUCUAUAUCAUAAUGUACUUAAUUAGUCAUGUGGUUAAUGAACAUGAAGAUUCUGCCUA